GGAUGAUCGAUCAUGAAGAUCCAGAUUCAGAGGAUCACAUGCCAAUCGCUCAUGCCGGCCCUUGUCUGGCCGAAGUCGACUCGGAUGAGCCCGCCGCUGCUGAGGCGUCGGGUCCGGCCACGGCUGCUGCGCCAGCCUGCGAAAAACGCGGAGCCGAGAAGGAUCUUCCGCGAACCAUGAAGCGGAAGAAGACUGCCUCUCGUGGACCAAGGCCGAAACCCAUGGUCGUUGGGGCGGCUUUGACAGCUACCCAAUCUCAGACAUGCAUCGCGUCUGAGAUCCCGGCAGCUCCCUCUCCCCGUGCUGAACCUACAACUCAGGCCCCGGGAGAGGCUGACACUGCUGCUGAUCCGACAUCUCCCGCCCGGGAUGUCGGCCUGAGCGCCGACGCCUAAAGCAUCACCCAAGCCGGGGCGUCGCAGCCGGGACUUCGACAGUCGGGGCUGCUCCUUCCUCGGCGGCAACCGAGACACAAACGGAGCCGCUUGUCACAGAGACCCCGCAGCAACCGACAACGGGGCCCCAAGAACCACAGACGACUCCGACACCACCAUCAUCACCGCCGCAGCCGCAAGCUACUCAACUUGCGGCUACACAAGCUAAGAGAGCUAGGAGCUCCGCUAUCCCGGCGGGACAAGCGCCUCCGAAUUCCUCCAACUCACAGCCUGCCCGGGGCAACCAGGGAGUUCCCCUCAGGACGGCCAGUGGGCAUAGCUGGGGGUCACUGGGCCAGUUCGUAAUGGACUGGAACAGUGCCGACGGUUACGAAGUGACUUCCAGCACCCUCCAAACAGUGCGGCAGAACCCUCUGGUGGGACCCGCGCCGGUGGCGACUCUAGAGUCCAUGCCGGCCCGGAUGUUUCAGGCAAGGGUCGCCUUAUUCGAGUCCAGCCGUGCUGCAGAGACCUGCAUGAAUAAGCGCACCGCCACCUUCAAGACUUUGCUAGCGAAGUAUAAGAAGCUGGAGGCGGAGCACAAGGCUUUGGUAGCCCAUCGCCGGAGCCAGACCGGGAACAAUGCCCAAAUAUCUGAGCUCUUGAAGCGUGUCGCCGAAGUACAAGAUGAGAAGUCCCGGCUCAAAGAGCAGCACCGGGAUGAAGUGACCCGUCUGAAGGCGCAGCUCGAAGCGCAGGCGGAGGCGCACAAGACCGAGGUAGGUCAACUGACCUCGGCCCUCUCCGCCCAAGCUGACGAGAAGAUCUGCCUGGAAGGCGAGGUGCAGAAAUGCAAGGAUCUCGUCGCCAAGGUCGAGACCCGCGCCAGUACUGCCGAGAAGGAAAAGGCCGAGAAUGCCCGCCUGCUCAGCGUGUGCCGGCGUGACCUCGUCAAAAUCGACGCCAUGUUGACUAAAUUUUUUCCACAAUCUGUCGAGACCGCCCAAGCUGCCGUGAUUAAAGCCCGUAAGAGGAGGGCUCCAGCCGGGCAGAACCUUUCGAAUACGACUUGGAGGACUACUUGGUCAGCAUUGCGAGCCGGGUUAAGCCGUUGAAGUAGUUCGGGGUGAAUAUGCUCAGAGCCGGCAUCCGAGCCUUCCGAGCCUUGUGGCCGGGCGAAGAAGCUCUGACCGGCAUCCCGGAGUUGGCAACGCGCCUUUUGGAGGUGGAGGAUCAUCUCAACGAGUGGUGGGAGUCGGCCGCUCGUGUUGGCGCCGACGAGGCCUUGUCGUUUGUACUUUCUUGGUAUGACGGCAUCAACCUCGACAUGCUGCAGUCAAUGCGUGUCGGCUCCCCCUAUCUCUCGGACCCUGAGCUGAUCGCAAAGCGUCAGGAGCGGGCCUACUCCUUUAUCCAAUAUGCCGAUGUGCAUAAAUUUGUGGAGGGCCCGGUAUCCGAAGCAGAGGCAGAAAUGGCCGAGGAAGAAGAUUAGGAGGCAGUCGACGAAGAGAUUGUCAUCGAGUCAGCUUCCACGGCAACGGAUGCUCCGAGUUCCGCCGCCGCCAAUCCUUCUGUCUCUUCUUAGACAUGUCGGACAAAAUACUUUAAA